GAAGGGAAGAAGAAAGAAAAAAAAAACAGAAUCCGAAAAGUAGGAAAGAGAACGAGGAAAAGGAUAAUUGUUCUCUUUCCUGAAAAACAAGCAAAUAUAAUAUAAUGGCGACGGCGGCAGCAAAUAAUAAUGGACCCCAGAAAUGCACUGCUUGCGACCUGACAGUGUAUCUGGUUGAUCGGCUGGCUGCCAACAACCGCGUUUAUCACAAGGCCUGCUUCCGCUGCCACCACUGCAAGGGCACCCUCAAGCUCGGCAACUUCAACUCUUUCGAGGGAGUCCUCUACUGCAAGCAUCACUUCGAUCAGCUCUUCAAGCGAACUGGCAGCCUCGAUAAAAGUUUCGAAGGCAUUCCAAAGUUUGCCAAGCCUGAAAAGGUUGAAAAUGAGAACGCAGCCAAGGUUUCGGGCUUGUUUGUGGGAACCAAAGACAAAUGCCGGGGUUGUGAGAAGACAGUUUAUCCGAUUGAGAAGGUUUCUGUGAAUGGAGCUGCGUACCACAAGAGCUGCUUCAAAUGCAGCUACGGAGGGUGCACGAUAAGCCCAUCCAACUACAUUGCGCAUGAGGGUGUGCUCUUCUGCAAGCACCACCACAUGCAGCUCAUCAAGUCUAAGGGAAACCUCAGCCAGCUCGAGUGCGAUGGCAAAGAACCAGCAGCAUCUCCAACGUCUCUUGGGGUCCCCACUCAGUGAACAAAUUCAGUCGUUACCACCUCAUCGUAGUCUCUCUCUCUCUCUCUCUAGAUCUCUCUGUUUGGUCCUAUAUUUUGAUCUUUUUGUAUGUUUAUUGUGUUCAGAUUGUACUUUUUUAUGAUGUGAAUAUUGAGGUGUGAUUGCUAGAGGCCUUAAGCAGGGAUUUGCAGAUUUGUUGUUGUAAAUUGUUUGUUCAUCAAUAUAAUUGUUCCUUCUUUGGGUAAA